AUGAGGAUAGCUAAGGAUAAUGGAUUUAGGACAAGGUUCUAUGAACCAUCACAUGAUGUUCAUGUGAACAAAUGCACCAAUCAAGCAGUAGCAUCAUAUUGUCCACAUCGUCGUCGCCGAUCUGGAGGGCAUGGCCGACCCGAUCUCCACCAGCACCCCAACGUCGUUGGUAGGCCGCGCCGCCCGCUGGUCGUCGGCCUCACCUGGUGCGAGGUCGCCCCGACGCUGCCGGUGCCAUCUCCAUCAAGCUCCGCCGGCGUCGUCAAGGUCGUCGCGGCGUCAUCGGUGCGGCACAGGGUACGAGGGAACCCGUCCCUACCGGCUCCUCCUCUGCGGCCGCCGCCGCCUGGGGAGCUCGUGCCCGCCGCAGCCGCCUACGCCUGCAGGCCGCCGGUUCACCGUCGAUGCAUCCUCCGCCAUCCACGCUGCCGCCCGGAUCUGGAUGUCAUCGUCGUUGCGGUCAAUCCCAUCUCGCCGAGCUCCGGCCUCGCCGUCGUCACCAUCUCCACCCGGCCGGAUGACGCCGGCACCUGCCUCGCCGUCUCCUGUGCCGCUGCGGGGGGACUCGCCUCCACCGCCGACGUGUGCGGGUCGCCGCUGCCCGGAUUCCUCGCUGCCCCUCCUGGGACUCCACGAUGGGCGCCCGCCGGUCUCCGCCGCGUUGCUCCCGGCGGCGCCCCGACACCGCCGCCGCAGGGGGGACGGAUUCCGCCCUCACCGAGCACGAGCUCCCUCCACCGCCUCCCGCCGUCCGCCGCCUCCCGCCAUCUGCCUUGCUGCGCCGGCGCCCUCCGUCGGCCCGAUGCCUCUGGCUCCUCUCAUAAUCUCCCAAAUCAAGCGUCGGGGCCAGAAGAUCGAUCCCCACGCCAUCAAUCUCCAUCACAGCAUCCUCGGAGCUAG